AUGGAUUAAGUCAAUGCUAUGCAAUAAUACAUAACUAAAUUGAAGGCAGCUCUGACUGAUUUAUAAUAGAAAAACAAAGAUUUGGAAACCAAACUGGAUCAGGAACAUCAAAUAGUGUAAACAUUGGAAGAAAAAUUAGAAUACACUGAGAAAAAGUUAUCAAAUGAAAAAGAACAAGUUGAAAUUCUGGGCAUCAAAGUUGAUGAAUAUGAGAAAAAAUUAAAGAGCAUUUCUGAUACUAAGGUAUCUGAAUUCUUGUAUUUAAGAAACCCAGUUUUUUAGGCAAAGUUUUUAAUAAUUCCCAAUUAGAUUAAUUGACCAUUAAAAUUAAUCAAACUGAAUAAUCAUUAGAAAUUUAAGUUUAAGAGAACGAAAAAUUACAUGCUCAAGUCUUCACACUUAAAACUCAACUAGAAUUAUUGGAAAACAAAUUCGAAGAAGAACAAAAAUCGGCUUCAUAAAAAUUCUAGAGAAUAAAAUCAUAUUAUUAAUAAGAAAAAAAGAAAAAAGAGGAUCUAGAAAAAUAAAUUUCAUAAUUAAAUCUAGUCCAAACUGGAUUGAAAUAUGAGAUCAAUUAAUUGAACAUAUAAAUUGAAUAGUUGAAAAAGGAAAUCGACAACAAAUAGCAAGAGAUCUCGACUACUUAACAAUUACUUGAUAAGAAUCAAGAUGAUAUGAAAAAGUUAACUCAAGAUCUCAUUAAUUAAUAACAAGACAUGUAUAUACUACUUUAUUCAAGGUAGUCGACAAUUAGAGCAGGAAAAGGUUGAGUUCUAAGGGUUUGUCCAAGAAAUUUAAAAUUAUGUUACAGGAUUGUCGGUUGAUCAACAAUAUUAAGAAUUCGUUAAUAGUUUAAACGAAAUCAUAGAUAAAAUGCAUAAAUAAACAUACGUGAAGGAAUUGUUCCUGUAGGCUAAACCAGGCAAUUAUGAAAUCUUCAAGUUGGCUUAAGAAAAAAUACUUAAAUUGGGGAAAAAAGUAAUAAUGUUUUGACAUAUGAUAGAAUGAACAAUUAAUUAAGCAAAAUAAAUAGUUACAAGAUAAAUUAUAAGUGUAAAAGAGCAAAUAGGAGUGA